AUGAGACCUACCCUGGCUGUUCUCAAGUCCGUUCGGGUUUCCUUAGCGAAACCCGAAGUCUCCUUGUACCAAAUACCCGCACUUCUGCUGGUCCUGGCGUCAGAUUUGCCCAACAACGGAUUUGGAACGGGGAACUACCACAUUCAAAAGACCAAGUUUCAACACUGGCCGGUUUACUUGAAGAUUCAAAACACAAAAAUUCAAACAGAGGUCAAGAGAAUCAAGGGCGAUGUCAUCCAAUUCAAGAAGGACUUAUUGAAGCUCAACCCCGACUUGGAGAUCGCCGUUAACCCCCAAGUUGGAUACGUGAAUAUCAAAGGAGAUCGGGUUCAAGAGAUCAAGACUUACUUCGACAAACACCUCGCCUAA